UGUUAAACUUGUGACAUAUCUGUUUUUUCUUCUCUUUAUUGCCAAUGGACCAUCGCAAGAAACUGAGAAUUCUCAUUGGCUUGCUCAAGGACAAGACCUCCAUUAUCAAAGCAACUCUAUCAACUAAACGGAUCAGUAAAAUUAAAAUCGCUGUCAUCCGCGCCACCACUCAUGACGCGUCUACCCCACCUUCCGACAAAUGCAUCGCCGCCGUCCUCUCCCUUGGCCAGGGCUCCCGCCCUGUUACAUGCACAUGCAUUGAGGUUCUAAUGGAUCGCCUACAUAGCACCAAGAACGCUUCUGUUGCCCUAAAAUGUCUCUUCAUUAUGCAUACUAUCAUAUCAAGAGGCUCGUUUAUUCUCAAAGAUCAGCUUUCCGUUUACCCUUCUUUUGGUGGCAGGAACUUCCUUAACCUAUCAAUGUUUCGAGAUGAAUCAGAUCCUGAAAGGUGGGAUUUAUCUUCUUGGGUUAGAUGGCAUGCAGCUAUAGUAGAGCAGAAUUUAACGAUUUCAAGAUUUCUGGGUCACUACCUGUGUUCUUCUCUCAUUGCAACUAAAAAUAAGGGCGAGGAAAAGAGAGUUUUGGCACUGUUGAACAGAGAUUUAUUUGAUGAAAUGGAUGUUCUAGUGGAUUUUGUUGAAGUAGUAAGUGAAUUUCCUGAUUCUUUACAUCUUCUAAAGAAUAAUUUGAUCUAUGAGAUAGUUCGGUUGGUUUCUGAGGAUUACAGGUCUGUUCAACGUGAAAUCUCAAUCAGAGUUAUGGAACUCGGGGAGAGAAUUCCGAGUUUGAGUUAUAGUGAGUUGACUCAGCUUCUGGGUAACUUGAAGAGAUCCGAGGGUUGCAAAGAGAGAUUGUAUUUGUUGUUUGCAAAUAGGAAUAGGAAUGAUGCUUUAUGGAAAUUGGUAGGUGAAACAAGGACGAAAGCUGUAGAGAUGAUGAAGGAAAAGGGAGAGACGAAGUUGCUGAAAAUGGGAAGCGAUUCAAGCGAGUUGACUCAGAUCCGAUUCAAUUCUGAUGGCAGAUGGAUGGGUUUUGACUCGGUAGCUUUAACUGUUUCUGCAAUACAAUGAGUAUUCCCCCUUCAACUUUCCCAUUUUUGAAUCUUCACGCUUUGCUUUGUCAUUUACCUUUGGUCAAAUUUAUUUAUUUUUUUUAAUUUCCUUUUACAAAUCAAACUUGAUUAACGUCGUGCAUGAAGUA